AUGGACCAUUACUGGCAGACCCGGCGCAAACUCGUCAUGCAGAUCGAGUCCAGGAGAUCGCUUAGGGGCAAGCCUCUGACCGAGACCCAUCGUGAUGAGUUGAAGGCUCGGUUGCAAGAGUUGGAUGACAAGAAAGCUUCGGAGGGACGCAUCGUCGACUCCGUUACGGUCGUGACGCAGACACAGCACGAGCGCGUACUGAAGCAGAUGGCAGCCGACAAGAAGGAAAUCAAGAAGGCCAUCAACGGCAUCAGCGCUCUGGCGGCUUUUUUCGGCGCCGAAACCGAACCUGAGACGGUGACGGUGGAACAGGCCGCCGCGAAGGAGGCCUUUUGGAAGGGCAAAAGGAAGGCCGGGGAAGCUGAAAAUCGGGAAGCUCAGAAAGCGAAGCGGGUAAAGCAAGAGCAGGAGGAAGCCUUCAGCGUCGCACCGGAGGCCGAGGACCAAGUGCUCUGCGGCGUGCCCGUCCGAGGAGAGCAGGGUCUCAGCUUCCUGGCCGGUCGCGAUGUUUCGGCCCAGUUCAUGGUGAAGGGCCUCCGCGUCCGCUUGGUCGCCCUGAUCCAUGGCGCCGCGACGCUGCAGUUGCUGGAAGAGAGAAACGCAAGUCAGCUUCUGAUCUUGGCGAGACUCCUGGACCACCCUUUCACGGAGAUUGUGUCGCUUGAGUUGCGGACCAGAGCCCGCAAGACGGCCGUUGUGGUGGAGCACAAGCACGUCCGCCUGGUCAUGGAGAAGAAAGGCAAGUCUCCCGAGAAGGCAGUGGUGUACAGCGGCAUCGAGAAGAUCGCGCCGACCUCCAUCUACAGCCUGCGUUUUGGGAUGAGGGUGGAAUGCAUUGAAGGAGCCCUGCCGGCGCGCUCCAACACUAGCGCGAACAAGGAGCCCGAAGACUCCCUCACGGCAGAGACCACCGAGCCCGGCAGCCACGCGGCAGAGUCAGAGCCCAGCACAGAGACCGCAGAGCCCGAGGACUCCCGCACCACAGAGACCACCGAGCCCGGCGACUACCACACCGCAGAAACCGCAGAGCCCAACGAGCCCGGCGACUCCCGCGCUGCAGGGUCCGAGCCCAACGAGCCCGGCGACUACCACACCGCAGAGACCGCAGAGCCCGACGACUCCCGCACCGCAGAGACCACCGAGCCCAACGAGCCCGGCGACUACCACACCGCGGAAACCGCAGAGCCCAACGACUCCCGCACCGCAGAAACCAACAACGAGCCCGACGACUCCCGCACCGCAGAGACCAACAACGAGCCCGACGACUCCCGCACCGCAGAGCCCGGCGACUUCCACGCGGCAGAGACCAACAACGAGCCCAACGACUCCCACACCGCAGAGACCAACAACGAGCCCGGCGACUUCCACGCGGCAGAGCUCAACAACGAGUCCGGCGACUCCCGCGCUGCAGAGACCACCGAGCCCAACAACGAGCCCGGCGACUUCCACACGGCAGAGCUCAACAACGAGGACUCCCGCGCCGCAGAGCCCAAAAACGAGUCUGGCGACUCCCGCGCUGCAGACGGUUUCCAGGAGCCCUUGAUCACCGAGGAAGGGCCGAACGGGGACGUGCUGGAAGAGGAGGACUUGGAGGAGGAGGCCUUUGAAGAGCCCGACCCAGUCGUGGAGCCCGACCUUCAGGUUGCCGGGUGUGCCGAACUCCACUUCCGACACAGCAAAAAGCUGAUGAUCGUCCGCUGCAGUUGGAUCGUGGUGUGGGAGACGGUCAAUUUUUGGCCGAGCGUCAUUUGCGGCGAGAGCUUGCGCAGCUUGAUUUUCAUAGUGAAGAACCAUCCAGAGUCCACCCAGAUGUUGACGAUCGAGGUGCAUGGUGCAGAAUUCACAGUCGAGGCGGACACGUGCUCGAUCCAUUUGACUCAACUGCGCUGCCCCCGAUCGAACGGUUGA